GUUUAUCAUUACCGCGAGUCGACCUCGGGUAUUUUACUUGAAACCUUUUAACGCCGUUCCAGAGAGUAAAUAUUCUCCGAGAUUGCCCCAAGAAUUCACUUUGCAAAGGCCGAAAACUUUAGGAAGACAAAAAAGAGAUAUGGCAACUAACGGACCCAGCGGUUUGGCAGACGCUGUCAAUGGCAAGGAGAGAUCAUACUCUAUCCCUCAGCAAACCCAACGAGUUUUCGAAGAUGGCAUCCUAAACAACUCGCUCAUUGCCUCAACGCUGCCAAAAGAAAUCGAAGAAUGUGCGAGAAGCGUGCGGUUUGAAGGGAACGAUAAGCCCUGUAUUCCCAUCAACUGGCGAUUUGCUGAAAGCAUUUCAGCUUUGAAAGGUUUAGAAGCUGCAAUGAUAAACGUACUUCUGAAGAGAAAGUAUGGGUUGCAACCUCAGGAGGCUGUUAUCAACACCGAUCAUGCUCAGCUCUUCAUCAUGUCAGUUGUACUCAGUUCAAUCGAUCCAGCAGGAGAGAACGUGGGGUUCGCUCUGUCCCCACAAGGCAAAGCAGCGUAUGAAAAGUACUUCAAGGAUUGCGAUCUACACAACGGUAACAGCAGUCUGUACCGCAGCUCCGCAACGAACAUCUACCGUUGCAAAGAUGGGCGAUACUUCCACCUUCACGGCUCAAUGAACCCUGACCCUACGCUGGACAGCAUUGGACUUCCCUACAACAAAGAUGUGGCUUCCCCUGAAGAGUCAUGGGCUCCAUUCGAAGAGAAGCUCGAGCAGAUUGACUCGCAAGAGAUGCAACGUCUGGCUUCAGAUGUGUACAAACAGGCUGGAACCAUUUGCUGGACCCCCGAGGAGUUCAAGCAAAGUGAGCACGGGAAGGCAAACGCACAUGUUGGGCUCUACGAGAUCCACGCCGUUAAGAACGAGAAACAACCGCCAAGUUGGUGGCCCAGCACUAUUGAGACUUACGCACGGCGACCGCUCGCCGGACUCAAGGUAGUCGAUUUGACGCGGGUUAUUGCUGCACCUGCCGUCACCCGCGGAUUGGCGGAGCUUGGUGCGAGCGUGAUGAGAGUAACAGCUGAACACAUCACUGACAUGUCGAAUCUGCACAUUGAUCUCAAUUGGGGGAAAUGGAAUGCAUACCUCGACUUCCGGAAGGAAGAGGACCGAGAGAAGCUGCGCGCGCUUGUUCAAGAGGCAGAUGUGGUAGUCCAAGGCUACAGGCCGUCAGUACUAGACAAGUAUGGCUUUUCUUUGGACGGUCUGCUGGAGCUCACCAAGGAUCGCGAGCUGGGGUUGAUUGUUGUCCGUGAGAAUUGUUAUGGCUGGAAUGGACCUUGGGCGUACCGCAGUGGAUGGCAACAAAUCUCGGAUGCAUGCUGCGGUGUGUCGACACAGUUUGGUCGAGCGAUGGGUAACGAUGAGCCCGUCACCCCAGUCUUUCCGAACAGCGACUACUGCACGGGUACCGUGGGUGUCAUUGCAGUGCUGAAUGCUAUUUUGCGACGUGGAGUCGAAGGGGGUUCGUACAAGGUCGAUCUCGCCCUGAACUACUACUCUCAAUGGCUCGUUAACAGCGUCGGCGUCUACCCGCAAGAAGUAUGGGAAGAUGUCUGGACCCGCAAUGGCAGACAAGUGUUCCGUCACCACCACAACAUGGCCUACUCACUUCCUCGCUUCCUGCAGAUGCUGAAGACCAACUCUGCCCAUAUUCUGUUUAAUCCGGACUUCUUCGAAGACCGACAUUCCGGCGCGAUUGGCAAAGACAUUAGAUGCAUAAAGCCAAUCAUUCGAUAUCCUGAAGGAAAGGUGCAGCUGAGGUAUAAUGUCGGCACAAGAGGCCACGGGGUGGAUCAGCCCAGGUGGCCGAAUGACUUGAUGUGUGAAAUCGUUGCAUAAGCCAGUAAGUGGAGGUAGUAGGCAGACUCGCUCGGCGUUAGCGGGUUAAUCCGAAAUCGAAAAUUGACUCAGUCCUCGU